AUGUUUACCAAUAGAAUAGUUCAAAGAUCCAGUAUACCAAGCCUUAGAUUGGUUAGAUAUCGUCAUAAAGUAUCUGUUGUUACCGUCAAUGAUAAGGUUACAGUUCAAUUAUUAAAGAAUGUCAAAGACAUAGGAAUCAAAGGUGAAGUAAUCAGAGUGAAAGCAGCAUACAUGAGAAAUUUCUUACAUCACGACAAUAAAGCAGCAUAUAUAACAAAAACAGAAGGUCCUCGUAUUCCUGUGGUAGAAAAACCAGUUGUUGUUGCUGCCCCUGAAAUAAAGAAAGAAGAAACAAAGAAGGUUCUUACUCCACAAAAGAAAUCAGCAGAAGCCAUGUCUUUGGAUGAAUUAUCCAAGUUAUUCAAUACUAUGCGUACUAGAAAGGCAAGAACUACUUCUCAAGGUGAAGCUAUUACCGUUUCAGCAACCGAAGAUGAGAGUAAUAUAACAUUCAGUUUAUCAGAUUUAGAUGAAUUGAUUCCAAGCACUUACACCAUCAAAGAAACCAAUUUCCCUAUAACAAAGACUCGUGUGUCAUCAUUAAUUUUCAAUUUAUCAGGUGAUAAAGUACCAGAAUCAAGCAUUUCUUUUGAAAAGAGUACUACUUCUAUUGAUGAAAUAGCUGAAACUGGUGAUUAUAACUUGAUCAUUUCAUCUCCAAUUGAAAAAUCUUCAAUUAUCAAAACCUUAAAGGUCCAAUAA